UGCUCGACAGCUGGCGUUUCCUUUCCGAGCGUGUUGCGGAGGCGGGGCCGGUGGCCCUGGCCUGGAACCAUGGCCUUAUUCCCGGCUUUCGCGGGCGUUAAUGCUGCCCCUGAGUCCUCCGCUGGUGGCAGCUCCAGGAGGGAUUUAGACUGGUUGAGCAACCCAAGCUUUUGUACUGGAAACAUACCAACCCUGCAACAAAAUACUGUAGAGAUUGCAGCCUUUACUUCUGAGAAGCAACUGCUUACAAGGAGCCCUUCGAGACUGGAGCUUUCAGACGGCAGUGAUACACACAAAAGGUUUAAACAGGCAAGUAGAAAAAAGAAGAAGGAAAAGAAGAAAAAGAAAAAACAUCCACACCACAAGAAAACAAAGAAAAAACACGAGCAGUCUAGUGACAGCGAGUCUUAUUCAGCUACUGAUUCUGAAAAGGAAACAUCUAGAGGAGUUGUCAUUGACAAUAAAAAGGAAGUUGAGAAACCAAAUCAAGAAAAUAACGCCACUGACCACAGUGGAAGUCGCUUUGUUUGGCUUGACGACGUUCAGGCUCUGACAACAGAAACCUUCAGAACAGAUAAGAAACCAGAUCCAGCAAACUGGGAGUAUAAAUCUCUUUAUCGUGGGGAUAUAGCAAGAUACAAGAGGAAGGGAAACUCGUGCCUUGGCAUUAACCCCAAAAAGCAACGUAUAUCUUGGGAAGGUACCCCCACAGAAAAGAAACAAUUACAUAAGAAAUUUGAACGCUAUUUUUCUAAGAAAAGCAUACGUUCAGUUAGCACUGAUGGAGUGGCUGUUUGUAGCAAAGUUGAACUAUUCUUGCCUGAUCCCAGCCCAUUCAUACCAGUGAAAGACUCUGAUGAUGAAGUUCUACCUUCUACCUCGACUUGGGUGAAUCCUUUGGGAGUUUAUGAUAAAUCUACAACAUUGUGGUUACAAGGACAGGGUCCUUCAGACCAAGAGACAAAGCAGCCUGUGUCUCAAAAGGAUAGUGAAGAUGCUAUUCUAAAAGCUAAAGUAGAGGAAUUUAACAGAAAAGUCCGAGAGAAUCCCAGGGAUAUUCAACUGUGGCUGGAAUUUGUGUCUUUUCAGGAUGAAAUGAUGAAAGGACCCAGCCUAUACACUAUCAAUGAGGGAGAGCAAGAGUCUAGAAGAAAAUCACUGAAGCUAAUUCUGGAAAAGAAAUUGUCCAUUUUAGAGCGUGCCAUUGAAAGCAACCAGAACAGUGUGGAACUGAAGCUUGCCAGGCUGAAACUCUGUACAGAAUUCUGGGAACCAUCUACUUUGAUCAAAGAGUGGCAGAAACUGAUUUUUUUACACCCCAAUAAUACAGCCUUGUGGCAGAAAUACCUCUUAUUUUGCCAGAGCCAAUUUAGCACCUUUACAGUAUCCAAAAUUCACAAUCUGUAUGGAAAAUGCCUCAGCACUCUGGCAGCAGUACAGGAUGGGAGCAUCUUAUCUCAUCCUGCAUUGCCUGGAACUGAGGAAGCUAUGUUAGCACUCUUUCUUCAGCAGUGUCAUUUUCUUAGACAAGCUGGCCACACUGAAAAAGCAAUUUCUUUGUUCCAGGCCAUGAUUGACUUUACCUUCUUCAAACCUGACAGUGUGAAAGAUCUUCCUACCAAGGGACAGGUGGAAUUCUUUGAGCCCUUUUGGGAUAGUGGAGAACCUCGGGUCGGAGAAAAGGGAGCAAGAGGCUGGCGAGCCUGGAUGCACCAGCAAGAAAGGGGUGGCUGGGUCGUUGUUAAGCCUGAUGAGGAUGAAGAUGAACCAGAGGAAGACGACCAAGAAAUAAAGAAUAAAACCCUUCCCAAAUGGCAGAUCUGGCUCAGUGUUGAGCAUUCCCGUGAACAAAGGCACUGGCUGCCCUGGCGCCCUGACAAAACAAAAAAACAGACUGAUGAUGAUUGUGAUGACCCGGAGAGACAGGUGUUAUUUGAUGAUCUAGGGCUAUCUCUCAUAAAACUUUCUAGCUUGGAUCUAAAACUUCAACUGAUUGAUUCGUUUCUACAAUUCUUGGGAGUCCCUUCACGCUAUAAUCUUCCAGCUCCAUGCCUCUAUCUUGCCAUGGAUGAAAAUGAUAUUUUUGAUGAUGGGCUUUCUGAUGAAAAGCCAUUGACUUUUUUCAACCCAUCAUUUUCCGGGGUUAAUUGCGUAGGUCACAUGGACAAAAUGAACAGACAGAGACAGCGGAUGGGUCACUGCAAAGAAGGCGAGGAGUUCAUACAGAAUAUAUUUCAUCUUAUAUUGCCCCUGUUUUCAGGGAAAGAAAAAUCUCAUCUCUGCCUCUCAUGGUUGCAGUAUGAAAUUGCUAAGGUUACUUGGUAUAUGCAAACUAAAAACAAGAAGAGAUUGAAGAAUCAAGGAAAAAAAUGCAAAAAGCUGGCCAAGAAUCUCCUCAAGGAACCUGAGAACCGAAACAGCUUUUGCCUUUGGAAAGAGUAUGCCCAUCUGGAGUGGUUACUUGGCAACAUAGAAGAUGCCCGGAAGGUUUUUGACACUGCCCUUAGCAUGGCAGGGCCAGAAGACACAAGUUCUAGCCUCUAUGACUUAAGCCUACUUUAUGCUGCACUGGAAGUGGAACUGUCAGGGAACUUGGAAGGGGUUGCAGCAUCCAGAGCAAUCCAUAUAUUAACUAAGCUAACUGAGAAUGGGCCAUACACCCCGUAUACUGGACAGGUGUUAGCUGUGAGCAUUUUGAAAGCCCGCAAAGCGUACGAGCACACGCUUCAGAAGCAUUUGAAUGAAAGUUCAGAACCCUGUACUGGUCAUCUAGUUAGCAUGGUUGGCUGCUUUAUGCUUUUCCAGUAUUUGACCAUAGGGGUUAAUGCUGCUAUACAAAUAUAUAAGCAGGUGUUUGAAAGACUUAAAGGGUCCAUUUCAUCAGAAUUCACAGGGCCAAGUGCAAACAUUGGAACCCCAAAUUUGACCAAUGCCCUCGAAGCUGUCACACUGAUGCACACGAAUCUACUCAGGUAUCACAUGAAAGUGAGUGUGUUCCCUUUGAAUCCUCUGCGAGAAGCACUUUCAGAGGCUUUAAAAUUGUAUCCGGGCAACCAGGUUCUUUGGAGGUCGUAUGUCCAGAUCCAAAACAAAUCCCAUAAUGCCAGCAAGACAAGAAGAUUCUUUGAUGUCAUCAUGAGGUCUACCAAAUCCCUGGAGCCACGGCUCUUUGCAGUCCAAGCUGAGAAAAUGAGGAAAAGGCUGGUGGAAGCUGUUCUGAGAGUAGAUGCUGGAGAAAUCCAUUCAACAAUUCCUGAAACAGGUUUAUCAAAUCGAAUCAAAGCGUUAUUUGAAAAUGCAAUUCGGAGUGAUAAUGGCAGUAACUGCCCCUUAUUAUGGCGGAUGUAUUUGAAUUUUCUGGUUUCGCUAGGAAACAAAGAAAGAAGCAAAGGUGUGUUUUACAGAGCUCUCCAGCACUGUCCCUGGGCAAAGGUGUUAUAUAUGGAUGCAGUGGAUUAUUUCCCUGAUCAAAUCCAGGAAAUCCUGGAUCUGAUGACUGAGAAGGAAUUAAGAGUUCGGGUGCCAAUAGAAGAACUAGAGCUUCUCUUAGAAGAUUAAUGAUGAGGGGAGCAGUCUUGCGAUAGCUUUGGAGUGGACAAAUUGGGAAACUUGGACUAGAACUGGAAAGCUUUUUUUUCUUUUUUUUUUUAAGGAUAUUGUUUAAAUUUUCCAGGGUUCUAGCACAAUAUAAUGUGUUUUUAGGUAUUCGGCAGUCUUUCACCUCCUCCAUAUGUUUAGAUGUCUUAUUUACACAGAAACCUGUUAUUUUAUAGAUUAUAUAUGUGAAUAUCAUGUAUAUAUGUAUAGAAAGACAAACUUGGGAAUAAAUAAUAAAUCUUUUGCAGUUGGUUCCCUUUAAAGCCUUUGCUCAGUAUGGUUCAUUAUCAGCAUGUUAAAUGUGUCUCCUUAGAGGACUUAGAGAUCAGGAGCCAAGUAUACUUGCCCCCAUAGCCUGAAUUAGAUGUGGGUUGUGGAUGACUUUGAGAUUAAAGAUUUAAUCAAGUCAUGACCGUCAUCUCUCAGGGAUCUUGCCUUAUGCAGUGUAGAACUUGGAUGUCCUUUUUGUUGGGUCAGAUUCUCAAGCUGAUGUUGUUCAGUCGUGUCCAGCUCUUUGUGACCCCUGGACCAUACUCUCCUGGCAAAGCUCUAGGGUGGAUCUCUCUCAGACACAUCUAAAUUUUAAAGAUUGCUCCAUGGCUCUCUGCAUUGAGUUGGCAUUUUGUUUCCUAAGGCAUUCCUAUCAUAAUCAAGGCCAUCAUUCGUUCAACAGCAGUUUCUGUUGUUGUAAAUGGACAAGUAUGAAAGUUACGUGUUAGCUUUUAAACGAUAGUCCAUCCCCUUUUCUCGAGGUUGCUUUUGCUUCAGCACUUACACAGCGUAAUGGGAAGAGCACAAGUCUUGGAGUCAGAACAGCCAAGUGUGAGUCCUUGCCUUGACACUUACUUGGACAAGUCAGUUUGCUAUUCUGCCUCAAUUUCCUUUUAUUUAAAAUAGGACUGAUACUUUCACUAGCUGCCUCAGAGUAUUGUUCUACGGUUAGCUUCCUGUAGUACUAUAGAAAUUAGCACUCUUUUUACUUUCAGAGACUUCUGGUGAUGAGCCUCUCAGAAUUCAGCAAGACCUCCUGGGCUUGGGAUGACAGAGAGACUUUCCAGGCCUUCAGGAGCCAAGCCAGGGUCACCUCCAUGCCAUAACACGGUUUUGGAGGAGCGCGUCAGUGGGAGAAUCCGCCUUAGCUUUUUGUUUUAGUUUUUCAAACUAAAAGAACCAAAUUUGACAAUGCUUUUGUUUUGCUACUUGAAGCCAGUUAGUAAUUAUGUAAAAAGUCAACAUGCAUAUUCACAAGGAGAAAACAUUCUGAGGAAGUUUUGGCUGAUUUCACUGGAGUCUUUAAAUCCGGAAAGUAGUUUAAACUUGAAGAAAACAGCUUUGAAAAAACUCUCGCUAUUGAAUAUGGAUUAUAGAGCUGUCUUUUUUGCAGUGUUGCUUUUAAUAAAUAUCAUUAGCUUUUCUUUGGC